AUGCAGGUGAAAAGCCCGAUGUGCGCGGAGGGGUCUCCGGGAGACAUCGAGGCGGACGAGUGUGAGAAAAAGACGUCAUGUUUCUCCAACAUAAAAAUAUUUCUGGUGUCUGAGUGCGCACUGAUGCUGGCCCAGGGUACCGUCGGUGCAUAUCUGGUGAGCGUGCUGACCACGCUGGAGCGGCGCUUCAACCUGCAGAGCGCCGACGUGGGCGUGAUCGCCAGCAGCUUCGAGAUCGGCAACCUGGCGCUCAUCCUGUUCGUCAGCUACUUCGGGGCGCGCGCCCACCGGCCCCGCCUCAUCGGCUGCGGCGGCAUCGUCAUGGCGCUGGGGGCGCUGCUCUCCGCCCUGCCCGAGUUCCUCACGCACCAGUACGAGUACGACGCCGGGGACUUCCGGCCGGCCGGCGAGGGCAGGGACGUGUGCUCCAACAGCAGCAGCGGGGCGGGGGCCGUGGACCCAGGCUUCAAGUGCACCCACAACAGGGCCAACACCAACAUGAUGUACCUGCUGCUGAUCGGGGCCCAGGUGCUGCUGGGGAUCGGGGCCACGCCCGUACAGCCCCUGGGGGUGUCCUACAUCGACGACCACGUCCGGAGAGAGGACUCCUCGCUCUACAUAGGUAUCCUGUUUUCCACGUUGGUGUUUGGGCCAGCAUGCGGGUUCAUCCUGGGCUCCUUCUGUACCAAGUUCUACGUGGAUGCCGUCUUCAUUGACGCCAGCACGUUGGACAUCACGCCCGACGACCCGCGCUGGAUUGGCGCCUGGUGGGGCGGCUUCAUCCUGUGCGGCUUCUUCCUCUUCCUGUCCUCGCUCUUCAUGUUCGGCUUCCCGCAGUCACUGACAGAGGCCACGGAGGGCAGCGGCACGGAGAGCCAGCAGGCCAUGUUGCCCGCCGAGCUGGCACAGGAGUACGAGGGCCGCGCCACCCACGGCCUCCACGCCAACAGCGGCCUCACCUGCUGCCAACACCUGCAGAUCAUCCCUAAGGUGACGAAGCACCUGCUGUCCAAUCCGGUGUUCACCUGCGUGAUCCUGGCCGCCUGCUUUGAGAUCGCCGUGGUAGCCGGCUUCGCAGCCUUCCUGGGGAAGUACCUGGAGCAACAGUUCAACCUGACAACCUCGUCAGCCAAUCAGCUACUAGGUAUGACGGCCAUCCCGUGCGCGUGCCUGGGCAUCUUCCUGGGCGGCCUGUUGGUGAAGCGGCUGGACCUGUCGGCGCUGGGGGCCAUCCGGCUGUCCAUGAUGGUCAACGUGGUGUCCACCGCCUGCUACGUCUCCUUCCUCUGGCUGGGCUGCGACACGGGGCCCGUCGCCGGGGUCACCGUUGCCUAUGGAAACGAGACUUUAGGCAAUUGGCAGAAGGCGGAGGCUGCGUGCAUAAGUGGCUGUGAGUGCUACACCACCUCUCUCAGCCCAGUCUGCGGCUCCAACGGAGUCACCUACCUCUCCCCAUGCCUCGCUGGAUGCACCAAACCCGACCUAAUGGGCUGCCGGUGCAUCUCGCGUGGCAGUAGCGCCCCGGGCACGGCCAUGCCAGGGAAGUGCCAGAGCCCAGACUGCCAGCGGGCGUUCCUCACCUUCCUGGCGGUGGUGUGCUGCUGCAGCAUGGUCGGCGCCAUGGCACAGACCCCCUCCGUCAUCGUCCUCAUAAGGACUGUGAGCCCAGAGCUGAAAUCGUACGCUCUUGGAGUUCUCUUCUUAUUGCUACGGCUGCUUGGUUUCAUCCCCCCUCCGCUGAUCUUCGGCAUCGGCAUCGACUCCACCUGCCUGCUGUGGAGCUCGGUGUGCGGGCUGCGUGGCGCCUGCCUGCUCUACGACAAUGUCACCUACCGCCACCUGUACGUCAGCAUCGCCAUCGUGCUGAAGGCCAGCGCCUUCGUGCUCUACUCGGUCACCUGGCUCUGCCUGCGCCGCCACUACGACCGCUACAUCCGCAACAACGAGGGCUACCUCACGCCCAGCCAACUCUUCGCCUCCAACGUCACCCUGGACAACCUGGGCAAGGAGAUCGCCCAGAACCCCGUCAACCGCACCAAGUUCAUCUACAACCUGGAGGACCCCGACUGGAACAUGGAAAACAUGGAGUCUGUGAUUUAG